AUGAUGAUGUUACAGGGUGGUAAAGAGCACGGUGUUCCGAUUUUGAUCUCAGAGAUUCACGCCGGACAACCGGCUGAGCGUUGUGGAAACCUCUUCGUUGGGGAUGCCAUCUUAUCCGUAAACGGGAUCGACUUACGUACGGCAAAGCAUGCCGAAGCCGUGCAAAUCCUCUCGAAACAGGCACUAUCUCCUUUAAAUUUUGGUUUCUUUGAGUAA